CGGCGUCGGUUGCGCGGAGCUCUCCCCUGCGCCCGUCCGCACGCAACUAACGCGCAUACUCUCAUCGCGAUCACACACAUACAUACACACACACACACACACAGUUUCAUAAAUACAUCGGGAGUACGCGCACGACGUCCACGGCACGGAGCAAGCGGGAGCGAGCGUCAUUCAGAGCUCGACCAGCGCUCCGUGCAGACUCGGCGGCUCCGUCCGAAGCUUUCUCUUUCCUUCGUCCUCGUGCUGGCACGUGAGAAACCGCGCUCUCGCAGGUCUUCCUCCAUCGAGAUCGGUCUUUCUCCCCGAGAACGGGAGUGCGCGCGCGCGCGACAGUCGGAGCCGCAAUCAGCGCGCGGGUGGUGCGACGACGGUGGUGCGAUCCGAGAGGAACGUCCGCGAAGGCGAGGAAAGCGUCCGCGAAGUGCGAUGGCCGGCGUCUGAGAUCGAUCCCACAGUGCGACGCGCCUGCGAAUUUACCCCUUCGCACACACCUGGCCCCCGGUUGACCCGCAGCAGCAGCAGCAGCAGCGGCAGCAGCGGCAGCAGCAACGACGACGGCAGCCUGCGACGCAUCUGCGAGCACGGGAAAAAUGUCCAAGUCGGGGAGCAUCAAGGAUGGCGAGAAAGGGCCGUACGAUCCGGUCUCCACCAACGAGAAGGGCAACGACGAGAUCAAGCUCGAGGCGAAGAUGUCGCUUCUCAACGGCGUCACCGUCAUCGUCGGCUCCAUCAUCGGCUCCGGUAUCUUCGUCAGCCCCACGGGUGUCCUUAAGUACACCGGAAGCGUGAACGCGAGUCUCCUCGUGUGGACCGCGUCCGGCAUCUAUUCCAUGGUAGGAGCCUACUGUUACGCCGAGCUCGGAUGCAUGAUACGCAAGUCGGGCGCGGACUACGCGUAUAUCAUGGAGACCUUUGGGCCCUUCCUGGCCUUCGUACGAUUGUGGGUCGAGUGUAUGAUAGUGCGGCCUUGCAGCCAGGCAAUCGUGGCCCUGACUUUCAGCGUCUACGUUCUCAAGCCGCUCUUCCCGGACUGCGUGCCGCCCGAUGACUCCGUCAAAAUGCUCGCCGCCUGUUGCAUAUGUGUCCUCGCCUUUAUAAACUGCUGGGACGUCUCGUGGGCGACGAAGGUGCAGGAUAUUUUCACGUACGCCAAGCUCCUCGCGCUCUUCAUCAUAAUCUUCACCGGAGCGUAUCAACUCUGCACCGGACACACGCAGUAUUUCACGUUCGAGAACACCAACACGGAAGUCACGUCCAUAGCUCUGAGCUUUUACUCGGGGUUGUUCGCUUAUAACGGCUGGAACUACUUGAACUUUAUAAUCGAGGAGCUGAAGGAUCCCGUUAGGAAUCUGCCGAGAGGAAUCGCCAUCUCGUGCAGUCUCGUCACGGUCGUCUACGUUUUCACGAACAUGGCCUUCUACACGACGCUCAGCCCCGUCGAAGUGCUCGGCAGCGAAGCUGUGGCAGUGACCUUCGCCAAUAGACUAUUCGGCGUGAUGGCGUGGACGAUACCGGUUUUCGUGGCGCUGUCCACGUUCGGCGCGGUCAACGGCAUCUUGCUCACGUCCUCACGGCUCUUCUAUGCGGGCGCCUGCGAGGGCCAGAUGCCGGAGAUCUUGACUAUGAUCCAAAUCUCCAGGCUCACACCCACGCCCGCCGUACUGUGCAUGGCCCUACUGUCCAUGUUGUAUCUGUGCUCUUCCGACAUCUCUGCGCUCAUCAAUUACGUCGGCUUCGCCACCUGGCUGAGCAUAGGCGUAUCCGUGCUGUGCCUUCCUUGGCUCAGAUGGAGUCAGCCGGACCUGCCGAGGCCGAUCAAGGUGAAUCUUAUCUUCCCGGUCUUCUACAUCCUAGCCACCCUGUUCGUCACCGUGGUGCCGAUGUACGCCAGCCCGAUUGAGACAGGAUACGGCUGUCUGAUGAUACUCUCGUCUGUACCUGUCUACUUUGCUUUCAUCGCGUGGAAAAACAAGCCCAAGUUCUUCCAGAAGGGAGUCGGCGCCGUCACCCAAACUUUGCAGAAGCUGAUGGUAGUCGUGAAGCCGACGACAAAGUAAGCACGACGAAGCUACUGCAGAAGAUAAUGCUGGUCGUCGGCAAGUCGAAACCCGCUCAGGUGUAAUCAGUCAGGACGAAGUCCAGCUCGCGAGAUCGAGACGACGAGGACGGAAGUCGAGGUGGAAGCUCGUCGACCUUCCCAGCCGGAAGAGCCGACGCUUCUGUCUUGCCGAGAAACAGGUCGGGAGCCUCCGAGGAGAUGGGGGGGAACCAGCUGAGACUCCGGCUCGACGGGUGCCUCCCGACUGCGCGAAAGAAUAAGGCAGGGGCGUCCUAAGACAACAGGCAGCCAUAUUGUGUCAGGACGCCGGUUGGGCUUGGCGGACCUCUGAAGUGGCUCGUCUUCCGAGAUCUCGCGCCCGGACUCACAGCGCCAGGACCUGCCUGCCCGAUCACGAAGUCUCGAAACAAGGCUGCUGCCUUUCGUCGAGCGAAGGGAUAUACGCGAUGUGUCACGACUGCACGCUUCUACGUUAAUUACAUACAAUGAUCCAUUGAUUUCGCCUCGUCCUUCGCGCGAGGGACGGGGCUCUCGUCGUCCGUGCGGAAUGGGUUUCUGCGCUACGAGGGGGUAUAAGUUAAGCAUAAUCAAUAUCGAUUAGUCGUUAAUUUGAGAGAGUCGGCGCUAUCAGUGGUAGAUCGAGGUGCGCUCCGUGCGCGCCGCGAGCGUCAUGUGGGUGUCUUAACGUGAAAAACCGGAGCCACUCGGAGCGCGCUCCUCAGCCUUACACUCGCGGGGACGAAGAUCCCGCUAGAUGAGUCGGAGAGAGAACUGGGGAAUCUCGACAAACAUAUGAGUGAUUACACAUGACGAUAGCCUAAACUGUCGUAACGAUAAGGCGACAACCGUUGUUACUUGGAUUAGAUAACGUAGCUCUACGUGCGCGAUAGCGGCCUGAUGAUUAGUUCUCCAGGCUGAUAGUUACAACAUAUCAGUUACAACAUAAUGGUUACAAACAAAAUUCUUUGUACGACACGCAGCGCCGCGAUGGUGCAACAACAUCGAGCGUUGUUAAAUCGGUGAACGCAAGCUGCGGAUACUGCGAAAUCGCCUUCUCCAGGUUGUGAACGCAUUUAGCGAUGAGGUCGCGCAUGACGCUCGCUGACGACUCGCGGAGCGCGCCUUGAUCACUCGCUCGAGCAGGAGGAAGUGAUCAAGCUCGAUCACUUGCGCUUCUAGGCGAAACGAAAUCAUUGUCGAGCACCUGAACAAAGCAACGAGCAGACAUUUCCCCGGAUGCUCGUCAGGAAUGGAUACUGAUAGCGCUGUAUCUACCGUUAUAUCUAUCGAGUGUGUCGUAAGAAACGUUACUUCAGAUUAAUCGUAUCACGCUCGCGUAUUUUCUCGACGCGAAGCUCGCCGAGAUCAGUCGCGACGCGCUAUCUGCGCGCUCGCGACGCAGCUUUCAUUUCGAUCGCCGGGGAUUAGUCUUAUUUAUUGCCCGCGCGGCGAUCAGGAGUGGAAGGGAGGGCGGCGAGUAUCGCUCGCGCGUUCCGUCGCGUUUGUACGAAAACUGAAAAAUCGAAAAAAAAAGAAGCAAACAGGAGCGAGUAGCAGCGCGCGCGCGCGCGGAUGUUGAGCGCGCGAGCCGCUCGUUCGACGAACGGGAGGGAGGGGGGUGUGAUGCGCGCACGAGUGCAGAUCUCAUCUCGCGGUCUUGUGUCUUUCUCUCCGUGCGAUCGCAAAGCUCGUCGAAGUUCGGCGGGAAGAAGAGUGUCGCGAACGAUCGCUAAGGCAGAUCGCGGAGACUCGGCGAGAAGCGCGCGCAACCGGCGGCAGCAGUCACGUGUGGACUUUCUCGUUGUUGUUACUUCGAUUAAAUAAUAAGCUUCGCUCGGGCGCAGAGUUAGUUUAGCCGUUAGUUUAGCCACUGCGUUCGCAUCCCCAUCGACUAGCAGCGGCGCGCGCGAGCCGCGUGUUCUCGUUGUGACGCUCCUCGUUACCUCGUUACUUCCGGCGUCUCUCCCCGCCGAGGAGAGACGGCUUUCUCUCUCUCGGUCCGACGCGGGAAUCCCGAACGUCGUCCGUACACACACACACACACACA